AUGUCUGGGAAUUCCAAUUGCACCGUCUACGUAGGGAACGUAGACGAGAGAGUGAGUGAUAGGGUUCUGUAUGAUAUCUUGAUUCAAGCUGGAAGAGUUAUCGAUCUACACAUUCCUCGCGACAAGGAAACCGAUAAACCCAAAGGCUUUGCAUUCGCCGAGUAUGAGACUGAAGAAAUCGCCGAUUACGCCGUCAAGCUCUUCUCCGGUCUUGUUUCUCUCUACAAUAGAACUCUUAAAUUCGCCAUAUCUGGACAGGACAAAGCACAGUCAAAUUCGUUCUCCGGUGUGAAUUCCGGCCACAGAGCAAGACCACAGUCUUUGUCUUUCGAGCAUUCUGAUAGAGCUCAUCACCAUACGGAGAGAUUCUCGUCACAAUUGGUUUCUCCACCUUCUCCUCUUCCUCUGGAUUACAGUCAAGAGCCGCCUCCGCCAGGAGUAUCGACGCACUCGAAUGGAGCGAGUUUGGAGUACAGUAGAAGGGUUCUUGGUUCAGCACUAGAUAGCAUCAACCAUUCUAGACCACGUCGCUACUAA